UGGAAUUAGGGUUUUCCAACUCUCUGUGACCGCCGACCCGGUUAAUGUGCCGAACACUCGCUUUUCUUCCUCUCAGUUCCGUAAGCGACACCCCCGCCACUUCAUUUCUUCCACAUACACAUAAAUUUCUUACUUAUUACUUCUAAAGAUUACUUGACUUUUCAGGCUUUUAAGACGGUAUUAUAAGACUUGCUGUUAUUCUUUUUGUAAACGGUUCAUUUGUCUGAUGACUCUCAAAACAUGUGAUCCAGUCGAUUAGUUUAAAAAGUCGAUGUAAACUUAAGUAUUACUAAAAAAUAAUCGCACUAUAUAAAUCUGGAUAUAGUUUACUUUCAUCCUCUGUAGUCCAGUUUUUUAAUCCUUUUCAGCGAAGUGACUAAUUUCUCAUCGUUAAACUUUUUAGCGCUUUCUUAUGUGCUUAUGGGUGCCUUCUUGGAAAAACCCAAAACAGAAAAAGUAGUUAACGUCGGGGAAGGAAACGGACUUCGAUAUGCCAUUUCAAGCAUGCAAGGAUGGCGAUUAGAAAUGGAAGAUGCCCAUGUAGCGAAGUCCGAACUUCCCAGUCCUUUCCAAUACUGGUCGUAUUUCGGCGUCUUUGAUGGUCAUGCAGGAUCUCGUGUCUCAGAGCUUUGUGCAGCCAAGUUGCUAGAUGCUAUUCUUAACACAGAAGAAUUUCAGAAGCUUAGUUUUGAUAAAGAGCUUGAUACAACUUUGGUCAAGAAAGGCAUCAUUAAUGGAUUUUUAGCAUUUGACCGAGAUCUAGCAUCUGAUGAUUCCGAUGAAAAAUCAGGAUCUACAGCAGUAAUUGCCUUUGUUACACCAACCCAUAUAAUUAUGGCAAAUUGUGGUGAUUCAAGGGCAAUACUUAUUCGCGACAACAAAACCAUCCUAGCAACCCAAGACCACAAACCAUAUAAUCCUAUCGAAAGUCGACGAAUUUCUGAAGCUGGCGGCAAAGUUAUGUUGUCUCGCGUUAAUGGGUCCUUAGCUGUCUCAAGAUCUCUGGGUGACUUCGAAUACAAACAGGUGCUUAAUCGUGGAGCGACAGAGCAGCUUGUUUCUCCCGAACCAGAUAUAUUCAUUGUUGAACGCAAAAAAGAAUUUGAUCAAGUUCUUCUUCUUGCAUGUGAUGGAAUUUGGGAUGUGUUUGAAAACGACACUCUCACUACAUACGUCCUUCAUCGGUUGUGUUGCUUACCAUCUUUGGCGGAUGUUUGUUCAGAAAUCCUCGACACUAGUUUGCACAAGGGUAGUCGUGAUAAUAUGAGUGUCCUCCUGGUGGCGUUAGAUGCUGCCCCAACUGUGAAUCCAGAGGCUGUUUGCAAAGAAAUGGAGUUAGAUACUUCCUUAAACAAUAUGAUUGUUGAUAUAAUUAAUUCAGCCGGCGAAGAUGCUAACUUUUUGAAUGUGGAUUAUGUCGCCAGUGCAGUUAAAAGUAUGAAUCUUCCCAAUUAUCCUCCGGGUGGCUUCAACACCAAACGCGCAUAUGUUGAGAACUUUUUCAAUACUCAUUUUCGACAGAAUAAAGUGUUCGCAAAAACGCAACUGGACGCUCAAAGUUAA